GUUGUUUUUUUUUUUGGCUCAAAGCUUGCUUCCUGAGGUAUUUUGUUGAGGAGGCAAGUGAUGGGUGUUGUGUGGCAAUCAACAUCGCUGUGUGGACAAUUUUACAUCUUUGGAGCUGUUUGCCUUCAGAAGAUAGUGCUCAGGACUGUUUACUGGCAGAAGAUCUAGCCUGUGACCAAAUAACUCCUGUUUGCUAUGGAAGGCUGGGGGAUGAUGCCAUUGUAUGCUGCGAAGACAAGAUACAAGUUGGUGCCUCCCUGCUUCCUCUUAUCUGCUGGCAAGGCCAGAAAAAUAAGAACAAAGGAGUUUCCUGCUGAGAUCCCAGAGCCAGGAGCUGCCACUCAAAGGAGAGUUGACCCAACCACUUUUGGAUUUGAGCUGUCACUGCAAAGACAACUGACUCAACCACUUUGAAACUAUUGAAAAGGGGCCAUCAUCGCCAUGGUCAUUGUCAUCGUCAUCAAUAGAACAACAAUGCCCGACGACCCACCACUACUGAAGAUCAAAGACGGAGCUACGAACCACGCUGGAUCCAUGGUGGUGACUAUGUCCCUCUUGUUUCCUAUAAAGACUCCUUGCUUCUUCUUUUCUGUCUUUUCUAUCGCCCUCCUUCCCUUCCCCAUUACCCUAAUUCAUAAUAGUGUCCGUCCUCCCCUUCCCCAUUUCCCUAAUUAAGAUUUGUAAUAAACUGGUCGGACCAACAUUUGAACCGUUGCUUCUUAAUCUCAUGCUGGGUAUAUAGAUAAUAAAAGAACCUCCUCUCCCUCCUAUAAAUUAGAGCGAGACAUUUAUUUAAUGGCGUAGUCGGCAGGAUACCCGCUGUGAGAGUGUUGUCCUUCCAGAUAUAGUUUGAAAAUUUUUUUUCUGUGUGCACCUCCUGGAGUUGCAAGGAGCGAUAGUUUUGAAAAUUUAGACGUGAGUCCUUCUCCAGGAAGACCGCUCCAUAUUCUGAAACUUUACCUUUUAUGUGUGUACCUCUUGGCGACGCAUUUUGAAUACUUGCAUUUUGCUUAAUGUGUGUGUGCCUCCUCGGGAAGACUUCUCUGAUUAUUUGGUAACUGAAGUGCGAAACUUGAACCUUUUGUGUGUGUGUGUGUGUGUGUGUCUGCAUGCACACGCCUCUUGGGGAAGUGAGGAAGUGAUAUUUUGUUACUUAAACGUGUGUGCCUCUCCAAGAAAUUUUAUUUACUCUAUUGAAACCUAGAAAGUGUUGCUUUAGCUUCACAUUUUUUGUGCUCCCCCAAAGAAAGGGAGGAGUGAUUGGAGCAUUUGCAUUUGUUUAGGUGUGGUAUAUCUCCCUGGGAGGAGCAGUGAGGAGUAACUGAGCUUUUGAAUAUGUGUACCUCCUCCUCCCUUAGUAUAGAUCUUUCAUUGUAUUAAGAAAUGAGUAACAGUAUUGCCAGUAUGAAAAGUGAAGAUGUGUUAUUUGACCUUUUAGAAAAGCAUGGUGCUCGUCCCUCUUCAUCAGGGGUGGACUGGGCACGCCAAAAUUGGCAUAAUUUGCAGAGUGUUUCGGUCCGCAUUAGUGUCUUACAGAAUGAGGCUCGUACACGAGCUGGAAAAGGAAAGUCGUUUAUUUGUGCCAUACUCGGGGCUGCUUUAAAAGCUGCUGUGGAGUUCCGAAAUGAAAAGCAUUCGGCAAAACUCCAAACCAUAGAAGCACUACAGGAAUUGGUUAGAGUUACACAAGAAUUGGUAACUCUGCAGAAUCAAAUAGUUAAUUUCGAGGAACAAUUAGAAAGAGAGAAACGUAAUUCGGCUUUGUUGCAAAUGGCUUUUAAGGAACUGCUAACGUGUAAGCAUGCCAGCCAUACCGUCACCCAUAGUUUGCCUCGAGGAAAAACUUUUCCUCAAGUGGAACUACCAGGAAUGAAGGAAAGGCUAGAUAAAUUAGAAACUCUAAUAGCCCCAUUGCGUCCUUUGAUAAAAACUGAAUACACAUUCGAUAACAGUGAGGAUCUAGAUCCUCAAAUGAAUGUUAAAAAAAUUCCCUUCUCAGCCACUGAACUAGCAAAAUUGAAAAAGGAUUUUAGCCGCUCUCCAAAGGAAUCAGAGACAGAAUACGUAUGGAGGGUGGGUCUCACUGGUGGCGACCAGAUUCGGUUAACAGAAAAGGAAGCAGAAGGUUAUUGGGGACCAGGAGUAUUUUUAACUACUGGCAACAGUCUUGCUCCCUGGUCCUUAACACAAAGGGCUGCCUAUUGGGCAGGUGGUCUCAAUCCUUUAGAAAGGGGAGACCCUCUUGCUAUUACUGGAACAACUGAUCAGUUAGUAGAGUGUGUUCAAAAGGCUGCUUGUCUCCAAAUGAUGUAUGAUAGAAAGCUGCAGCCACACCAUGAAUCACCUAUGAUGAUGCCUGUUGAUCCUGAGAGAAUGACUGCUUUAAUUAGGGGGCUUCCAGAGUCGUUAAAACCUAUAGGUAUUCAACUGCAAGGAAAAAUAGAGGCUAUAUCUCAGGGAGAGAGAGAGCGAGAUGCAUAG